CCACGGGUGAAUUUUAAUAGCGACACUGUCCCACGGCACGUACGCACCGCCGCUGAAAUGGCUGCUGCGGCUGCAGAAGAAACACCCGUACUGAGUGUUGAGAACGAUGUACCGAAGGUGGAGACAAACGAGGGCGACGGUGAGGAGAAAGAAAAGGGCCUCCUCACAGAACCGGAAACAGAGCAACCACGCAGUAGCGUAGAACCGAAAAUGGAAGCGGUGGACGCGGAGGCCGGCGAGGAGAAGCCCGCUGAAGAGGCAGACAAGGCCGCGGACGAGGCGGUGACAGACGACGGUGCAGUGACGGAGAACCAGGAGGUGACAGCAGCCGCUCCGGAAGAACCGGAGCAGAAGCCGGAGCAGAAGCCGGAGCCGGAGCAGAGCCCGGGAGAAAGUAACAAUAACGAACCAGUCAACGAUAACGCACUGAAAGAGGCAAAGGAGGAGCCGGUGGAGGACAGCCGGUGUUCGGGGAUAAACUGCGAGAAAAGCAAAACAGUUUGUGAGAAUGGGGAGAAAGCCAGCGGCGGGGCCGGAGAGCUGAGCGACAAGAGGCGGCCGAGUGUGGAGAUAUCGUCCUCGGAUGGUGAACCGUUGAGCCGUGUGGACUCAGAGGACAGUAUCAGCAGCACCCUGAUGGAGAUGGAGAGCACGGUGUCAAGUGGGCGCUCCACGCCUACUAUGAUGAACGGACAGAGCAGUGCCAGCUCCUCCGGGGCGAAGACUGUGGCUUACCCUUGCUGCUGGGACCUCUGUCCGCAGUGCUUUAACUCGAGUCCUGACCUGGCAGAGCAUAUCAGGGGCAUUCACGUGGAUGGACAGAGAGGAGGGGUGCCAGAAAACACCCUGACCUCUUCCGCCUGCAGACCGGAUUCAAGCAAGUCCACAGACUCCAGAGUGUUUGUCUGUCUGUGGAAGGGUUGCAAGGUGUAUAACACACCGUCCACCAGUCAAAGUUGGCUCCAGAGACACAUGUUGACCCACAGUGGAGAUAAACCCUUCAAGUGUGUAGUUGGUGGCUGUAACGCCAGCUUUGCUUCCCAAGGAGGUUUAGCUCGCCAUGUCCCCAGCCACUUCAACCAGCAGAGCUCCUCCAAAAUGUCCAGCCAAGCCAAACUCAAGGAGGAGUCGCCCUCCAAGGCUGGACUCAACAAAAGGAAGAAGCUCAAGAACAAACGCAGGUGCUCCCUACCAAGACCCCACGACUUCUUCGAUGCUCAAACCAUGGACGCUAUUCGCCACAGGGCUAUCUGUCUCAACCUCGCCACCCACAUCGAAAGCGUGGGCAACGGCCACAGUGUGGUCUUCCACAGCUCGGUGCUAGCCAGACGGAAAGAGGGCUCUGGCAAGGUUAAGGUCCUCCUUCAUUGGACACCUGAGGACAUACUACCUGACGUGUGGGUGAAUGAAACGGAGCGAUCUCAGUUGAAGACUAAAGUGGUGCACUUAUCCCAGUUACCGCAGGAUGCUGCCAUGCUGCUUGACCCAAACAUCUAUAGAGCACUUCCUCAAAAGCGGCUGAAACGCAGCCUGUAAGGAGUCAUCUGUGGACUUGAUACUUAAGGGGAAAUGCUUGUUCAUAGGAGGUUUAUCUGUAUGGGAUGGGACACUCUUCAUCUGUCUCUGCUUCAGAACGGGAGGAGUGAAGUGGCGAUAAAAGGAAGUGAAACUUGGCUAUGGUGCAGUAUUUUCCCUCUUCAGUUUUGUAUAUCUGAACAACUGUAGCCAAGUGUGGUGCGAAAUGGGACUAACAAUUUUUUUUAAAAGUUUGUGUUCAUCAAAACUUAAAUGAAUGUUUGUUUGUUUUUCAACAAGCAUCAAACUGAAAAUAUUCUAAAUACCCAGUGGUGUAAAAAAACUGUUUUGUGUAACCUUGUCAGAAAAUGCAGCAUAUUUUAUAACUGUUUUUUUUUGUGUGUGUAAAAUAUUUAUGCAGAUUUGUAACUUAUUUUUAUACCAUGGAAAUGCUGGUGUACUGUGGAUUUUUGUGAAGGUUUUAAUAGAAACCGUAUUUACUGUGAUAAUGUAUGUUAACUGUCACUUGUAGGGAUAUUUGGAAAUUUCUAGUUAUAAUAAUGGUGUAUAUGACAGAAGUCUGAAAUUUUGUCUUAUUUAUACUUACUGAAUGCAGUACUUUUACCCUUGUGUAUGACAAUAUAGUGAAGGGUUGUGCCAGUCAUGUUAGACAUGACUCUCAGGCCUCAUUUCCACUGCAUAGUUCAGCUCCCACAUCUGACUUAGUACUAGUUAGUACAUAGUAGCUGGCUUUUGGCAUCAGGCACUUUUCUCUAUUUUGUUUUCCACUAUGGAUGGUACACCCUUAGUUCAGGUGGGAUUUUCAGCUGAUCACCAUGGCAGUGCUGCAGGAAACACUUAUUCAGCUCAACACCUGCUAGACUCUUUCAUCAGCCGCAAUGUCUGCACUUUGUCAAUGGCGCAGUUACAGCAUCAUUUUGCUGGCUGCAGUUUUUUUUAAAUCUGGGAUGCGUCAAAAACUGACAGUAGCUUGUCUUUUUAAAUAUGACUGGUGUGUGCAGGAUGUUCCAUGUCACACUUGUGUUUUAACUUGGCUCAGCUUACUUGGAAACCUCAAUCCAAUAAAUUUACUAUCCAAAGGUACUAUCCACAACUUUUGCUAAUGGAAAACCAAAAAAGAGCAAGUCUAAAUGAGUACAGCUGUACCGUACCAUGCAGUGGAAAUGCAGCAUUAAUACUAACCAGUCUGUAGACAGUUUAGCAUACAAAUGACAUUUCACUUACCCCAACCUCCUCUUCCCCUAAACUUUAAACUUUUUAACCAGUAACAUGAACUGUGUAUAUCAUAGUUGUUAAGAUAAAUUUACAUGACGAAGCACUCAAAAGUUAUUGUUAAAAAUGGUGUGUUUUCUACUGUAUGUUAUCCCUGUUGGAAAUGGAAUACUUUGUUUGUAAUAAAAUGAGGGGAAACGGCA